CCGUUGUAGGCUGUUGUCUGCUGUUGUCGGGGCGUUAGUGGGCACCCCAGACGCUCCUCAGAUCCACGGAGUGGGGACAAGAGCAUAGAUCGGCGCAGCUGCGGUGCACUGAGGAGGCUGCCCGGGGAGCGGCGUGGCGGACCAGCCCUUAGGAACAUGGGAAAACAAGCUACACCUCAACCUGAAGAAUAGAGAGAAAGAAAAACCACAGAAAUGCAAAGUCAAAUGCAGCCCGUCGACCAAGUGAACUUCCCAGGUCACUGCAGGGAGUCUUUGCCGUGGGAAAAUGAAGCUGCAGAGAGAAUUUAUCACUUCUUAGUGGGGCAGACAGUUCACUACAAGGAUACAGGGCCCUCCAGGGAGGUCCUGCUACUAGCGUCUGCAAAAUGACCUGUGGAAAGGUGUGGAUCCUGCCCCAGCUCACGUGUACAAGCAACACUGAGCACAGUGGGUUUCCAGGUGAAGAAGAACCUCAGGCAAUCACAAAUGCUAAUCCUGAGAGCAAGAAGUCCUGCCCCUUCACGACAGCAGAUUUUCAGAAACAUACAGAAGCAGCUACAACCAUGGAGACGUUCAUAUUUACAGCGGAGUACCAGGUAGCAGUGGCCGGCUGUGUUUUCCUGCUGAUCAGUAUCCUCCUGAGUGGGCUCACCUGGCAGCGGAGAUGGUGAAUCCAAAAUGAUCAAGGAAGCAUUUUGUCAAAGAACGGAGUGGGAAAGACCCAAUGGCACAGGGAGACGCCUAUCCACACCUUCCUGGAGUCAAUCAGAGAGCAUGAGAGCAACAGGGAAAUGGGAAAGCAGAGGAAGCUAACAUUUGCUGAGUGCCUGCUUUAGGCCAGGCUCCCUGCUUAUCUUGUGUGCAUUUAUCUUCUCAGAGACCUUAGGAGAAGAGCUACAGCCUAGAGAAAUUAAACAGCUUAAACAUGAUUACAUAGCAAAGACCAAAACUGCAGCCUGAAUCUAGAGCCCAAGAUCUUCCUACCCAUCACCUUCCUAGAAGGAAACCGGGGUAGUGUCUACACUGAGCUCUUCCUAUCCAGUGCUCCUCAGCCCACCUUCUGCAGACACUCACACUAGCAUCCCCUCGGCUAGGAAUGGAACCCAUGUGUGGCCUUAUUGACAUUAAGUUAGGUUCUCAACCCUGGGUGCAUAUUAGUACAAUCAGGAGGGAUUUUUAUUAAAACAAAACAGUGCUUGGGCCCUCAACCAGAAUCUCUGGGGGUGGGCUCCAG